GCCGGGGCGGCCGCGGGCUGAGGUACCGGUUCCCAGCUCCAGGUCCCGGGUCGCGGCUGGGUGGCGCGGCCCGGGCUGCAGCGAGGCCGGGCGGCCCCUCGCGCCCUGCCGCCAGGCCGCCAUGCAAGGCUCGGGAGGGAACGUGAGCCGCGGACUGCCGGGAGGGCCGGCCUCCACGGUCGCGUCCGGGGCGGGCCGCUGUGAGAGCGGCGCGCUCAUGCACAGUUUCGGCAUCUUCCUGCAGGGGCUGCUCGGCGUCGUGGCCUUCAGCACAUUGAUGCUUAAACGCUUCCGAGAACCAAAGCAUGAAAGACGACCAUGGAGAAUAUGGUUUUUAGACACUUCCAAACAAGCCAUAGGGAUGCUGUUCAUCCACUUUGCAAAUGUGUACCUAGCAGAUCUCACUGAAGAGGACCCUUGUUCACUGUACCUCAUCAACUUUCUUCUGGACGCCACUGUAGGCAUGCUUCUCAUUUAUGUGGGCGUACGCGCUGUCAGUGUCUUGGUGGAGUGGCAGCAGUGGGAAUCCCUGCGUUUUGGAGAAUAUGGAGACCCUCUGCAGUGUGGGGCCUGGGUGGGGCAGUGUGCCCUUUACAUCGUGAUCAUGAUCUUUGAAAAGUCUGUCGUCUUCAUCGUCCUUCUCAUACUCCAGUGGAAAAAGGUGGCCCUAUUGAAUCCAAUUGAAAACCCAGACCUGAAGCUGGCCAUCGUCAUGCUGAUUGUCCCCUUCUUUGUCAAUGCUUUCAUGUUCUGGGUAGUAGACAAUUUCCUCAUGAGAAAGGGGAAGACGAAAGCUAAGCUAGAAGAAAGAGGAGCCAACCAGGACUCAAGGAAUGGGAGCAAAGUUCGCUACCGAAGGGCAGCAUCCCAUGAGGAGUCUGAGUCUGAGGUCCUGAUCUCAGCUGAUGACGAAAUGGAGGAGUCUGAGGCCGAGGAGGAUCUCCGCAGACUGACCCCCCUCAAACCUGUGAAGAAGAAGAAGCACCGCUUUGGGCUACCUGUAUGACACAUUCCCACGCUGCGGAUGACAGUCAUGGGGCCCAGUCCUGCAGCAGCACCCUUCCCUCUCUCUACCCUCCUCUCUACCUCCUCUCCUCUUGCUGUCUCUGCCCGCUCUCUGCCCGCCCCAGACUACUGUGACUGAAAAGAGGGAAGAGGAACCGUGCCCGAGGGGGCUGUGGGCAGCUGGAGGUCCCGCUCAGUUGCACUACAAACACUGACCAAAUAUGCAAGCGAAGAGCUGUGUUUGUUGUCGUCCCUUUGGGGUGCUGUGAGACCCCUGUCCUGUGUCUGACCCGGGGGCAUGGUGGAAGAAAACAGAGCACACACAGACUGCCGGGCCCUUGUGCCGAGGCUUGGGCCUUGUGGACUUGUGAUGGCUUGGGGUUAACAGCCGCUGGUUGACCCAAGUUGGAAUAGGAAUGCUUUGUUACUCAAAAGGCUUUUGUAACUCUUUAUUUCUAAAGCCAGUUUUAUGAGCUGUGACAGUGUUACUGUUUUUUGAGUAUGUGUUUAUUUCCUACAAAGUAUCUAUGGGUCUAAUGGGCAUCAGAUUUUUAAGUCUUCCGUAUGCUGUUUGACUUUUAUAUUUUUAAGUUAUAUUUUCAUACUACUGUAUUUAAAGCUCUUUUUACUCCCCAAUGGAUUUCUUUGCCUUUCAUGGGGUAUGAGCUGGUUGGGAGGCGGGUAAAAGUCCGUAGUUUUUCAGCCGGGGUGUUGUUAGGUAACAUGUGAUGACGAGAUGAAGGAUCUAAGGGAAGGGUAGACAACCUUUAUCUGUGGUUAGAAAUCCAUUGUGCUGAGGUCAGACCUGAGCAGGAGACAGCUGUUCCGAACGGAUCUGUGUGCUCCCGUGUGUGGGAACAGAGCCCUGCCAGGGCGUACAGGCUGGCAUGUCAGAGGCUUUGGUUAAACUUGAUUAAGGAGGGAGCUCAAGAGUUAGACAUUUGUGUCUGGGGGACUCGGGACCACCAGGCUACUCCUCCUUCAGAGCCUCCCAGGAGCAGACAUGAGAAUGGUUCCAGCCUCUGCUUCCAGUGCAGCAGCUCGCAGAGCCAAUCUUUGCCUUGGUGCCUGUCACCAGCUGUCACCUGCUUGCUCGCUCAGCUGUCUGGGGAACUCUACCUAGCCAGAAAAGCCUGUUGUCAUGUCUUCUAAAGUUGUGAAGUAGCAGGGGCAGAGCAGAUACCACGAGAGCUAUUGUCUUACUGUGGAGAGAGUAUGAGUUAUUUCUAGACUGUGGCUCCUCCUUGGUGGUUACACCCACUUCUCAGCCGGGCCACAGUUUAUCUGGUGGUACAGGCUGACUUGGCAGUCUUCUGUAGAAGCGGCCGAGUGGAGCUGUCUGGUGGCUUGUCAGCCCAACAGUCAGGCCCCUCACUACUUCAUGGUGUGGCGAUCACAGAGGAGGAGACUCCUCAGACUCUUGUAAACCUACGUAAGAAUGUGUUUUGCUUAAGCAUCUGGGAUCUAAAUAUGCUUGUGGCGUAUGACCCAAGCCCUUAUCCAGGGUACCUAGGGCCGUCCUCUGCCACUUGAAGUCUUACUUGUCCUAGACAAAGGGUAUACUCUGAGGUGUCUCUCUCAGCUCAUCUUCUAGUCCAAGCACCACUGAGAAAGGAGAGGUUGCCGUUGGAGGCUUUACACCAUUGGCCUGUGAAAUGGAUUGGUCAGGCCCUGCGCUGUUCCUCUUUCCUUUCCAUCCUAUAACCACGGUCACUCCCUUCCCCUUCUCUAGGAAGGUUCCACGGAGUGUUGUGGGUAAAGUACAGCUCGAACUCCUGACGAGGUAGAUGGUCAGUUCCUGGUGGUGCUGCUGAUGUUAUCCUCACACCCCCUCCUGUAUCACUGUGCUAGAGAUAACCUGUGCUGCCCCGACCCCUGCCAUCCUUCCGGAGCUCAGGGCUGGAACCUCAUUUUCAGAUUUGAGCACCUCGGGUUUGCAGAGCAGCCAGAGGUGAGGGAACCACUGCAAAGGAUGGGAACUCCAGUUGCAUAGGCCUCGCAGAGGUGAUUCGUAAGGUCCUUGCAAGUACAGGGCCUGAGGGACAGAAGAGUGGAGUGAAUAGGUACUUCUGUGUCCUGAUUUUCACUAAGGGCUCUAGUCUCUGAGCUGAAGCUGUGCAGCUGACCCAGCAGGAAAGGAGUUCCGACAGGGAUCUGAUACCGGCCCCUGUCUGUGUGCAGGUUUGGUGUGUCUUUACUCCUCCCCUCUUCCAGUGUGGAUGUGUGCAUGCACAUAUCAGCAUAAACAGACACUCACACAGUUCUGCAUCCCUCAGGAGAGCCCCCUGGGUCAGUAAGGCCUUCCUGUUACUGUGGUGCACUGCCUCACCAGAGUGGAUGUAGAGGGCUGUGGUCGAGACAUCUUCUGAGCUGUCCUCCCUCCCUGGAAUGAGUGUGCCCAUCACUUGUUCCAAGGUGCCUUAUGAGGUGGGACCCUUUACUGGCUAAUGGCAGGCAUCACCAAGCUAGGAGAAAUAAAAAUGGAGUACUCUCAUAGCUAUGGUGUGCCAUCAGUCUGAUUCAUCCAAACUGGUAUCCUUGCCAAGCUGCUCUUGGUGGAAGCUUGCAAGCCAAGGCACUGAGUUUUUGUAGCCAACUGAAGUAAACCGAUGAGAGAGAGCCGGCACCCAACUCAGAGAUGGUGGUUAAUUUUUUUUUCAUUCCAUUUGGCUGUUGGUGGGACUUUGAUAAAGGUAAGAAUGACUGGUGAGAUCCUAUGUGAUGGUGACUUCUCAGUCUGUGUGCCGGAAGAUGUGUCAGAGAGGAGCCUGUGGCCCCUCGACCCUGAAGCAUGUUGGUAGCUUCCUGCCUCAAACUUUAAACUGUGAACUACCAGGCAACAAGGAGCCGUGUAUUCACAUCCCUUCUCGUGCCUCUUUCCUCAGGGAAAACAAAAAAGCUCAAAUUCAAGUUGUACCUUCCCUUUGGCAGCACAGGCUACUGCUCAGGGUCCACAUCUGAAAAGUGCCCUGGUCUAUGGCCGUACCACCCUGAAAAUGUCCGAUCUCAUCUGAAAGGUGCCCCAAGACCCUUCCUGCCAGGCAGCCACCACUUUGUAGAAUGUGAGCUAGCUCUUAUAUGAGUGGUUCUCAACCUUCUUAAUGCUGCAACCCUUUAAUGCAGUUUCCCAUGUUGUGGUGACCCCCAACCAUUAGAAUUAUUAGAAUUAUUGCUGCUUCAUAACUACAAUACUGCUACUGUUAUGAAUUGCAAUGUAAAGAUCUGUGUUUUCAGAUGGUCUUAGGUGACUCAUGGAAAGGGUCACACGACCCCCAGGUUGAGUAUCACUGUCUUAAAUGAAGUUUCACACAGUGAGAGACUUGUUUCCAGUGAGGGACCUGUGGUCAGCCUUGCUUUGAACAGCCUGAGUUCUGAGUGGGUAAGUGGAUUGGUUGGUUGCCUGGCUUGGUUCUUAACUUUUCUUCCCAUAGUAUUUAUUAGAGGUCAGAGCUGUAAGAAGAAAACCAUUGCCACCUCAGCUGCCUGCCCGGUGGGAUGUGUCAUCACUGGUGUUGGGAGUCACAGAAACGCGCGUUUCAGAUGGAAGGGAAGAUGGUGGACUUGUAAACUGGUCUACAAUAAAGUGUCACAUUGCAUUACAUUAAAAAGAAGAAGAAAGAAAGAAACCAUCAUUUUUGUGGUCCUUGGUGUUGUAUCCUCUAGAACUGAAAUACCUCAUUGGGCUAAAAAACCUUUUACUGUAUCAUGGCAGCUGUGGAGUCAAAUCUGCAAGGAAACAAGCCAAACAUAAUCUGUCUUCCCUCCUGAUGAGUGUCUUAGUCAGUUUGCCUCCUAGUGCUGUG